GCGGAGAGAAGUUUGCCUGCGGCGCGGUUCAAUGAACAUUAAGCUGCGCUUCAGUUUCGGGGGCUGGGGAGAAGAAACGGCAACAAGAGCCUCCGGAGAAGCUUUCCAGGGAAAGCUGAGAGGAACGAACGACUGCGGACACACUGCCCCAGCCUUUCAUUAGAAGAGAGGUAUUGAUGAACUAGAAUUGGGACAGUGAAGGGACACCAGCCGGGACUCCUUAUCCGUCUCAAUCUGUGGGUGUCCUGAAGGAAGAGCAGAGCAACGCAAGGAGACCAAGUGAAAGUGACUCAGGAUGAAUAAUAACAACAAAAUCGAGAAGGAAAACGAGCCGAGUGAAUUCACCAACCAUGAAGAGGAGGUCCGAACGCUGUUUGUCAGCGGCCUACCUCUGGACAUCAAACCCCGGGAGCUGUAUCUCCUCUUCAGACCAUUUAAGGGCUAUGAAGGAUCCUUGAUAAAACUGACCUCUAAACAGCCGGUGGGGUUUGUCAGCUUUGACAGCCGAUCAGAGGCGGAGGCUGCUAAGAAUGCCUUGAACGGGGUUCGUUUCGAUCCAGAGAUCCCCCAAACUCUGCGGCUGGAGUUCGCCAAGGCCAACACUAAGAUGGCUAAAAACAAGCUGGUUGGCACGCCCAACCCCCUUCCCUCCCAGCAGAGCCCAGGGCCACAGUUCAUUAGCAGAGACCCAUAUGAGCUCACAGUGCCUGCUCUAUAUCCCAGCAGCCCAGAUGUGUGGGCGUCGUACCCGCUGUACCCGGCAGAGCUGUCGUCGGCCCUACCGCCUGCUUUCACCUACCCCUCCUCGCUCCACGCUCAGAUACGUUGGCUCCCGCCUGCAGAUGGAACUCCUCAGGGAUGGAAGUCCAGGCAGUUCUGCUGAAAUAUGUGUUCCUGAUGUGUGAUGGUGGCCGUGGCCGGCUCUGACGGACGCUGCUUGUUGCCUCUUGUUAUAAUAUAAAUCCAGGGGCAGGGGACCAAUCGGACUCCAGAUCCUGGAGCAGCGCACCGUCGGCAGCAGCAGCAGCCUUAUGGGCUUCAGGACGUUCUAGACCCCAGCCUCCAUCACACAUCAAGCCUCCCUAACCCUUUUCCAAGUCUCUGUUUUUUUACACCGUUACUUACUCGAGCUCAACAGCCAGCGAUUUGGCUACACCUCCUGUGAUACAAACGAGAUGACGAAGUCCUCCUACUGAUCGACUGUGGCGCCUUUAUCCAGCGCUGGCAGAUCUCCGGCUUUGUAAAUGUGACAGUGUGGACAGACGGCCACAAGGGGGCACCAAACGCAGCCACUUUGCAACGCUGGAAAAAAAACGGGAAGUGUGGCUAAAGCGCUAUAGAGUAAUGUUAUUAUAAUAAUUAUUCUUACCCUGUAUAUCAUUCAUAUCAAUGUUAUUAUAAUAAAUACAUUUCGAAGCAUGAUUUUUCAAAGACAAAAAAAAAAAACAAUGCUGUAAAUUUUUUAGAUAUUUUAACGAAACACGAAAAAGUAUUUUUGUAAUCAAGACAAUGUUGAGAUGUUUUGAUUGGUUUGUUUCUGCUAAGACGUGUGAGGAUUUUUCAGAUUCUUUUGUUUUGUGCCAUUAAAAACAACAAACGAGUAAAAAUAAAAUAAUUAAAAAAAGCAUCACCCUGCCACACCAAAGCAGUCCGGUUACUUUUUGAUACCUUAUCGUGUGGAUUUGGAUUUGCUCGUGUAGCUUUUUGAAAAUGUCCGUUAGCAGGAUUUUUAGCAUCAAAUGAUAACUUGAUCCAGAUCAUAAUUUAGCUUUUUUUUUUCUUUUUUUUGUGGGGGUCAUUAUUUGAUGUGUAAAAGAGGCGCAGACAGGAAAAAGCCAUUGCUGGUGAACAUAAAGUGACCCCAGAGGUGGCAAUACUUUUUAAACUGACUUCUGCUAUUAAUAGGAGUUAGUGUAGCAAGAGGACAAAAACAAAGAACAGAG